AGAACAAUGAAGAACUGCAUAGCUAGCACCCUGCUCCUCCUGGUGGCGGUAACGGCCAUUCAAGCAGCCUCGGUGGCCACACCAACCUGUGGUGGUUCCACCUCCUCGAAGAACAUCAAUCUAGUGAAUCCCUCGAAUCCCCCAAGGGAAUGCGAGUACCACAUCAAGGCGUACAGCAAGUACGUUUGCCAAUUGCGUAUCAACUGGGCCAUGACAUUGGCUCAACCCACGUUAGAGACGGAAGAUUCUGGUUUGACCUAUGCCGAGUGUACCCGGGAUUAUUUCGAGGUCAAUGGAUUGAAAUUCUGCGGCACGGAGGUUUGGCAGCAUAUCUAUGUGCCCUUCAAUGCCACCGAUGGUGAUUCCGUGGUGGAUCUAGUUGUUAGCCUGGCCGAUCGUGCUGGAGCCUCUGGAUUGCCCACGGCCUCUUGGGACAUGACCGUCACCCAGCUGGAGUGCCCGGCCGGAGCUUCGGUUCGCUCGCUGGACUUUGAAGAGGAGGAAAUCACCAUCGAGGGUCGUGCCAGUACCAUCAAGGAUGGUUUCUUUGUGGCCCCGCCUGGUUGCCUGCAGUACUUCCCUCAGUCCAAGGGCACCGUGAAGUCCUUCAACUACAACGACGGCAAUGGCAUCUAUCCAUCCCGCAUGAACUACGCCAUCUGCUUCCGUCGUCAAACUGAUACUAAGGCUCUUAACGUACGUAACAUUCGCGCCUACGGCUUUAAUGUGGGUGCCGUGGUUGCCGCCUCCACCUUGACGACCGAUGAGGGCUGUUAUAGCAGUGAGAGUACCAAUGAUCUGGAUGCUGAUUUCCUCAUGGUGCCACAGGCCACCUUGGAGGAUAGCCACAAGCACGCCACCUACUUCUGUGGCUCCAUAAAGAAGGAUGUGGUCAUAUCGAGCAACAAUCCCGGUCCUUUGAUGGUUCUCUUCAACAGUGAUGACGUCUAUGGCCAGAAUGAGGCUGGUUUUGCUUUCACCUAUGUCGUGUCCUAAGCGGUUAAAAAUUCUUUGAUAAUGUAAACUAAACAAAGAAUUUGCCAAUAUAAAUGAGCUUUUAAAGAAAGA